AAGUGUCCGGACUGGAAGGGGGGGAAAGUGUCCGGACUGGAAGGGAGUGAAAGUGUCCGGGCAGGAAGGGGGGUGAAAGUGUCCGGACUGGAAAGGGGGGAAAGUGUCCGGACUGGAAGGGGGGGGAAAGUGUCCGGACUGGAAGGGGGGAAAGUGUCCGGACUGGAAGGGGGGGAAAGUGUCCGGACU